UUUGGGGCCAUAGGCCUCUACUGUGGGUCAGCAAUCGGGCGACAGGCGCACGCAUCACUUCUAGCCCAGAUUCUGGCUUAGAGGUGUUCAGUCAUAAUCCAGUGCAUGGUAGCUUCGCGCCACUAGCUUUUCAACCAAGCGUGAUGACCAAUAGUGCGAAUUAACGGUUCCUCUCGUACUAUGUUGAAUUACUAUCGUGAUGCCGCCAUCAGUAGGGUAAAACUAACAUGUCUCACGAUGGUCUAAACCCAACUCAUGUUCCCUAUUGGUGGGUGAACAAUCCAACACUUGGUGAAUUCUGUUUCAUAAUGAUAGGAAAAGCCAACAUCGAAGGAUUAAAAAGCAAUAUCGCUAUGAAUGCUUGGCUGCCACAAGCCAGUUAUCCCUGUGGUAACUUUUCUGACACCUCUAGCUUUAAAUCCCGAAGGUCUAAAAGAUCGAUAGGCCAUGCUUUCACGAUUCGUAUUCGUGCUGGAAAUCAAAAUCAAACGAGCUUUUACCCUUUUAUUCCACACAAGAUUUCUGUUUUCGUUGAGCUCAUCUUAGGACACAUGCGUUAUCUUUUAACAGAUGUGCCACCCCAACCAAACUCCCCACCUGACAAUGUCUUUCACUGGAUCGACCGACUGAGGCUAGCCUUGGGUCCAAAAGAAGGGGUCGUGCCCCGCCUCUAAUUCACGGAAUAAGUAAAAUAACGUUAAAAGUAGUGGUAUUUUAAUU